AUGUUGGGACGGUUUUUCGCAUUGGCGGCCUGCGCGCUUCCACUCACAUCUGCUCUUCCGAAGAUUCAUGCCAAGGGGAAAUAUCUCUACGACGAAAGUGGCAAUAGGUUCUACAUCAAGGGUGUCGCCUACCAGGAGGCUGGUGAGCUUGGGCCGGAGACCGAGGCAAAUACAGCCAACGGAGGCUAUCCCGAGCCCAGCACUUACAUUGACCCGCUUUCCAUCCCGAGCGCGUGCAACCGUGACUUGCCGUACCUAAAGCAGUUGGGCGUCAACGCUGUCCGAAUUUACAGUGUCAACAGCCAGCUCAACCACGAUGACUGCAUGGCUGCUCUUGAUUCUGCUGGUAUCUAUACCAUUAUCGAUCUGUCAUUGCCCCUGAACGGCUCUAUCAACCGUGCUGCUCCGUCUUGGACGACUAGUCUCCAGUCACUCUACACCGAUACGAUCGAUGCCUUUGCCAAGUACAAUAACGUCCUUUCUUUCAACGUUGCCAAUGAAGUCAUCAAUUUAGCAAAUAACACACACACGGCUCCCUUUAUCAAAGCUGCUGCUCGUGACAUCAAGGCAUACUUGAAGAGCAAGGGUUCCUCGGCUUUGGUUGGCUACUCGACUGUCGACGCGUCUGCUAUUCGGGAUAAUGUUGUUCAGUACUUGACCUGUGACAAGGCAGAGACCAGUGUUGAUAUUAUUGGAUUGAACACCUACCGCUGGUGCGGCAAUGACGAUAUUUCGAGCUCUGGCUACAACACGAUUACAGAGUUGUUCCAAAACGUUCCCGUUCCAGCUUACCUCUCUGAGUUCGGCUGUCAAAAGGAACUUCCUCGCUUGUUUACCGAAGUUCCUGCCAUGUUCUCGGACGCUAUGACCACAGUCUGGUCCGGAGGUGUUGCCUUUUCGUACUUCAAAGCCCAGAUCCCCGACUUCGAACUUGUCACGCUUUCUGGCUCAAACAACGAGACCGUCACCACAAAUGCCGACUUUACUCGUCUCCAAAAUGCGUACGCAAGUGUAACCCCCACCAACUCGCCUGCUGAGGGCAGUGCUACUCAACUCCCUUACUCUACCUGCCCCGCCGAAAGCGACACCUGGUUGGCCAGCAACAACUUGCCUCCUACGCCCCAGCAAUCCGUCUGCGAUUGUUUGACAAGCACCACCUUCUCGUGCGUUGCUACCAACCAGGCUGCGCAAAGCCCCUUGAUCCUCGGUUCGCUCUUGGAUUACGGCUGCUCGCUUCUCGGACAGGCUGGCGGUGCCAACUGCGAUGCUAUUGCUGAGAACGGCCAGACCGGAACUUACGGCAAGUACGGAUUCUGUGACCCUGUUACCAAGCUCAACUAUGUCAUGUCCACCUACUACCAAUCCCAAAACCGUAACGUCGAUGCUUGCUCGUUCAACAACAACGCAACAGUCAACACCGGCGCACCUUCCAGCACUUCUGAUAUCGACCAAAACGCUAGCAAGUGUCUUGCUGGCUUUGUCCCUACCUCGACCCCCACCGCCAACCCUGGAGGAGGAUCCUCCGGUGGAUCUGGCUCAAGCGGUGGAUCGAACGGUGCAGUUUCAAUGGGAGUAAGCGCUAUGUUUGUUGGUUUCGCCGGGAUCUUGGGAGCAGCCACCCUGAUCCUCUAA